GGUUCACGUGCACCGACCCGUGCAUUCGCCGCGAGAGGUUCUCAUCGCGCGAACGCCGCAGCACGGCCGCAGAACAGGCUCGGGCGAUGUGAAGCCGCGAUCGGACGGCGGGAAAUUCAGUCGCGUCAAAAUUUCCGACAGACCGACGGAGAGUGAGUGCCUUCUGCGGCCGCUUCCAGCAUGUAUAGCUCAACGAUAGCCGUCCACAUACGCAAGGCCCAGCCGACAGACUGCGACGCCCUCAGGAAACUGAUGAAAGGCGCUGAGGAGUUCAACUUCACGGACGAUGCAGCCGCAAUGGCAGAUCUCAAGAAAAAUGCCUUUGGAGACUGGCCUCUGGUGAAUAUACUGGUGGCCGAGGACAGUAGCGGAGGCAUCGGCGUGCCAUGCCCUCCGCUGUGCGCCAGCCUGUUUCCGUCGCCUCCGCUGAUUGGCUGCGCGCUGUACAGCUUCGUCUUCAGCACCUGGGGAGGCCGCAGCAUGGUCCUCGAUGGCUUGCACGUGGCAUCCGCGUACCGAGGCAAGGGUGUCGGCUCGGCACUCCUCAGGGCUGUCUUCAAGGAAGCGGCUCAGAACAAGUGCAACGAGCUCACCUGUCACGCGCUGACCAAGAGCGACGCCUUCAUCAGCCUGAUGCGUAGGCACGGCGGCACGGACCAGGAGCGGGAGAAAGGGUGGCACCUCUUCGAGAUGGACAGGCGCGCCGUCACACUGCUCACCAAGGAGCAGCCGUUGGCGCCGCUCAAAGCCGGCGCCAGCACGAGCAAGCAGUCGUGACCGCAGUGCACGCCUGUAUCGCCCGGCGCCGCUUUCUGCUGUUCUGUCGCGGCUCGCGAAAGCGCACCAGACACAAGUUCGCCUGCGGCGCGCUAUGUCCGCGUGGACGGCGGACAUAGCGGCCAUAGCGCGCAGGCUGCAGCGUUUGCAGAAUGCCUGUUACCCCGUUUGCAUUCGAUGUCGAAAUUUGAAACUGCACGAGCGCGGCUUGGAAAAAAUCGGAAGGAAGUGAAACGGAUGGGGAAUAAUAAAGAGGGAACCUGCGAAAACUAA